AUGGGUUCUUCAUCUUCAAAGACGACGACGUUGAGUGCAUCAUCAGCUUUACUGCCUUCUCUUCCAGAAGAUAUCCUCGUCGAAAUUCUGAGUAAACUCCCAGCCAAAUCUCUGGUGCGAUUCAAGUGUGUUUCCAAAUUCUUUUAUUCUCUGUUUGUGGAUCAUCCCUGCUUUGCCGAUCUGCAUCGCAACUGGUCCUUAACCCUUCCCAGUAGUAGGAUGAGAAUUCUCAUCUUUUUCCCCAUUAUCCAUUGGUAUUACACACUAGAUUACUCUGUAGAAAAUCAACAAUUAGGAGAGCUCCAAGCCAAUCGUCUCCGGUAUAUCGACGAAGGCCCUAAUUUCUCUCCAACCUCCUCCGUGGACGGCCUGAUUUGUUUCGUCACAGGGUUUGAUUCAGUUUCGAGAAGAUACAAGGUGUUGAAGUCACAGUCUACCAAAUUCAGCAAUGGCGAUGAAUCGAUAAGGCAUUGGGUUUUUACGCUGGGCGUGGAUAAAUCAUGGAGGGAGAUUCAUUCCCCUCCGUUCUACCAUUGUUACAAUAAUCGUAUCUAUUUCGAUACUAGUGUUCAUAUUGACGGCAUUAUUUAUUCUUUCAAUUCAGGGAAUGGCAAGAUAAUAGCAUUUGAUUUUAAAGCCGAGAAUUUCCCGGAAAUACCUCCUCCUCCCCCAACUAUUAUGAAGCCUAGAUUUAUAGAAAUGCAUCAUCGAUUAGCUAUUGUUGAUCUUAUAAGUGACCCGUUCGAUCCGAACCUCCAUAUGAAAAUAUGGCGUCUGGAGGAAUCUAUGGUAUGGGAAGAACAAUAUUUGAAUCCCAUUCCCAUCCCAUUGGAAGAGAGAAAUUGUGAAUGCUUUAGUAAGGCAAAUUUGGCCUUCGCAACCAAUCAUAUUGGAGAGAUGGCUGUGUUAGUGUCGUUUUGUACGUUUCUUUCUAUUUUAUUUUACAACUUCAGAACUGAGAGUUGGAGAAGAUUUGAUAUAUGCGAGUUGCCUCUAUACGGGUGUGGACAGUUGAGAGUCAAUAUGAACUUCAUCUUAGACAAUGUUUUUUAA